UGUAGGAAUAACCUCUACCCUUCCACAUCUCCAAACUCGAAACCCACAACCCGACCCUAUCAUAGCCAAAAUGGCCGACACACCACCACUGCACGCCCUCUCCGGGCAGUCAAUCAGUCGCUUCAUGGUCGCUUCGUUUCCAAAGGAUGCUACUCCACAGCUACGAAAUGCAUACGACGCGAUCGCUCUUGCCGCACACGCCUCCAUGCUGGCAGUAGGAUUUCGACUCGUAGGGCUCGGCGAGGAGCAUCGAAUCGAAGCGCAGUCAAGCCCAGACGAACCCGAACCGAUACCGUCAGAGUGGAACGCACAGAGCGGAAGCUACGCGUUCAGAUACAAGCAUGGACAGAGCAGUAUGGAGUUUCUGGUCAAGGUCACGAGGAUGGGCAACAAAGCGAACAUCGUGGGGAUGGGACUUGGCGAUGAUCGUAUACAUCAAUUCGAGCUCAAGGUAGAUGAGUAUGUGUCCGCGGGCAACCUACCACUCGAGCUAUCAGAAGAGGAAGGAGGGGAGGAAGAGAAAGCGCGGAAGGUGGUAGAUGCAUUCAUCAAUGUUGGCAGACUCAGUGAUUUCGGCAGCUUGAUGCGCGUCAAACUCAUACAGAAGCUGGCACCUUCAUUGCAGAAAGAGGGGUAUGAGGAGACGCGAGAAGGACAAUCGACGAACACAACACGAGAGCCAGCACCUGGCCGCGAAGACAACAGACCGCAGCGUAAUCCACUGCGAGAGGAUCGCGACCCCGAACCGGCGCGCCCAUACCCUCUUCACGACCCUCUCGCUCAGCCUGGCAGACCAAGAGCACCACUUCCGGAACCGAUUCCGGGCUUUGAAGACGAAUUUGAAAUUCAACGACCACGUCCACCACGCGGCAUGCAACCUGGCGGCUUUCCUCGCUACGGCGACCGCGAUCUAUAUCCCCAGGGUCUAGGACCGAACGAUCCACUCCGCGGUGGAGUUGGCCCAGGUCUCGGCGGCAUGGGCGGUGGUGGUGGCAUGCAUCCGACAUUCGACGACCCUCUCUUUGCAGGUCAAGGUCGGAGAGGUCCUGAAUUUGAUCCUCAAGCACCGCCAGGUGCUAGAUUCGAUCCACCAUUUGGCCCUGGCCAAGGAGGACAUCCUCGCGGCGCCGGCAUGGGUGGUCGCCCGCCAAAUCCCUUCGGAGGUUUUGGCGAUGGCGACUUCAUCUAAGAAAGAGAUGACCGGAAUGAGCACAAUGACGAUCACGAGGUGAUGAAAUUCUGCAACGACAGACGCAUGCGCGCGAGUGCAUAAUUGGGUGGUCUUUGACGGACGGAGUGAGCGUCCACCAAAGCCGCGCAUGGCACUUGUAGAAAGCCGCGAAAAGAAAUAACUUACCACUCACUCACUGUAAGCCCAUAUCCACUGUUUCUCACUCUC